AUGCACCUUAGUCUCAAAGAACAAUAUGUCGACUUUCCUCUACCAGAGUCGGAAGACAGGUCCAGGCGAUGGAGAUAUAAGGUCUCCCGACCGAUCGCUAUCUUUUCCAUCCUAGCCGUUUUGUGGACUCUGCAAUACUACGGAGAAAUUCCCAGGGGUUUACAACCAACACCAGUCGAUAAGGAUUUCGAAUGGGACCUUAUUACACCUACCAAGCAACUCAUUUAUCACCCUUGUUUUGACGACUAUGAAUGCGCUCGACUAGAGGUACCAAUGGACUGGAAUCGUACGGAGGGUCAAGGCGCGACUGUCGCACUAGCGGUCAUCCGGCUUCCAGCCAAGGUUGCAGUCACAGAUGUCCGAUACGGUGGCCCUGUCAUUCUCAACCCAGGUGGGCCUGGCGGAUCUGGGGUAAGCUUAGCCUUUCGCAAAGGACAUAAGAUCCAAAAGAUUGUUGAUUUUGAGGAAUCACCUGAACACCCGGCUUCCCAGUCUCCAGGUGCGCAGUAUUUUGAUGUGAUUAGCUUUGAUCCGAGAGGAGUCAACAACACCACUCCUUCCUUCUCGUGUUUUGCGGAUGCGGAAGCGCGUCGUGCGUGGCAGCUUCAGCUGGAUACCGAGGGAACCCUUGGGAGCUCAGAUGCCGCUUUUAACAAUCUGUGGGCACGGGCAAUUGCAUUUGGCGAGACUUGCUCUAGCGUUAGUACUGGUUCUGGUGACUCGGAAUGGAUAGGACGUUUCAUGAGCACGCCCCCCGUGGUGGCUGAUAUGGUUGAACUCGUCGAGCGACACGGCGAGUGGCGCGAGAAAGAAACCGAUAGACUUCUGAUGAACAGCGGAAUGAAUUCCCCAGCUCCGAGACAACGAGAUGCUCGGUUGCGGAAUAAGUGGCAAAAAGGUGAGGAGAAACUGCUUUACUGGGGAUUUUCAUAUGGCAGUGUUUUAGGUGCAACUUUUGCAGCAAUGCAGCCCGGCCGAAUCAAUCGCUUGGUGAUUGAUGGAGUCUGUGAUUCAAAAGAUUACUAUGCUGGCAACUGGCUUCUUAAUCUUCAGGACUCAGACUCGGGAUUGCAAAAGUUCUUCGAAUACUGCCAUGAAGCUGGCCCGGCGUCAUGUCCGUUUGCCUUGGAUACUUUGCAGGCGACUAGAGAACAAUAUUACGAUAUCCUCACUGAGAUUGCCAAAAAUCCCGUUGCUGUUCCCGGUUCAGUGUCCAGAGGACCUGAUAUCAUCACCUACAGCGACGUCUACACCAUGGUUGUGCAAUCACUGUAUAGUCCCAUGGACAUGUUUUCAUCCAUGGCACAACUGCUGGUAGACAUUUCUCAGCGCAAUGGAUCUUCCUUUGCCGAUUUCAAGGCCAAUAACCGCAAAUCCACCUAUCUUCCAGGGUUCAAUGUUGAGGCACAACCAGGUAUCCUAUGUACGGAUGGAGAAGACAUCCAUGGGAUCACGAAAGAGGAAUACAGGGAGUAUUGGCAUACACUCCAGAAUCAGAGUCAGGCAAUUGGAAAUUUGUGGCCCACUGUCCGCCUACCAUGCGCCGGCUGGAAUGUUCGACCGGAAUGGCCCUUUACUGUGCUAUCACAAUGUCCCACGGAUUCUCCGAUGCUCGAGUAUUACAGCAAAACUCUCUUGGCAAAUUACUUCCAAACUGGGGCGCUCCCAGAUGUCGGGACAAUCUGCGAAGUGGACGAGCGACCUUUUGGCCUUCCGGGGAUGUGA